GCUUCAUCUUGGGGUCAUGUUUGGUCUGCGCAUACUCAUUACCUCGGCCCUUGCCGCAAGUGGCAUUGUCAUGGCAGGCUACUUACCAGAGGUAGCUGGCCCAGCCGCUUUCCAUUACAAUGCGAAAAGACAGACUGCAAACAGCUCGUCGCCGGCAUUCAACGGCCCGUACAGUACUCGCGGACGAGACAUUGUUAACAGCAAGGGUGAGAAAGUAACAUGGACCGGCGUCAACUGGCCCAUGAGCGGUGAGACCAUGAUUCCAGAGGGUCUCGAGUGGGCAUCCGCCGAUGAGAUCCUCCAAGACAUUGCCAGUGUCGGGUUCAAUUACAUUCGUAUGGGGUACGCCAUUGAGAUGAUUGAUCAGAUAUAUGACCGGAACGGCGACGAUGUACCCAUGGAGGUUGCACUCAUCAAUGCCCUGGGAUACGUCAAUGGCACCAAAGUCACCAAGGAAAUCGUUGCGAAAAACCCCGGUUGGACGGCACAGACGACUCGGUUCGAGAUCUGGAGCGACGUUGCGCGUAUUGCAGCCACCAAAGGCAUCUUCAUUAGCCCAGACGUCCACACGGGCAAAGCGCAAUGGUGCUGCUCACACAUUGACGGCAACGCCUGGUUUGAUGAUCUAGAAUUCAAUGCCACACAAUGGCGCCGUGGCCUUUCCUAUGUCGCAAACUGGGCGAAAGCACACCCAAACAUAGUCAGCAUGUCGCUCCGCAAUGAGCUCCGCGAAUCUUGGAACAUCACAGACCUGUACUACAACUGGGACACGCUGGUCGGCAACAUGACGGCUGGUGCUGACGCGAUUCACGCGGCCAACCCGGACAUCCUUAUCCUCUGGGGAGGCAUGCAGUAUGGCCAGGAUCUUUCGGCCUUAACUAGCGGCAAGAACAUUCUGACUGCACCAUGCUACAAGUGCACGGCUAUUCGCGAUGCUGCUAGGCGUGAGCCAGUUUACUUCAAUCUCGACGAUCACCCGUGGGCCGAUAAGCUCGUGUGGGAACUUCAUCUCUACAGCAUGAGCGAGGACAUUGACACGGGCACAUGCGAUAUUGUCAAGGCCGCCUUUUAUCGCAAUGGAUUCAACGCACUGGGCAUCGACGCACCGUCAGCUUGCAACAUCACGGGAGACUGCCCCAAAGCCGUGCGUCAGACGCCCGUGAUUUUGAGCGAGUUCGGCAGUGCCCAGGACGAGACGCUCUUCAACAACACUCUGCAGAAUUGCUUGAAGGAAUACACGAUCGAGCACAAUGUCAGCUGGAUGAUGUGGGCGAUCGCUGGCUCGUACCGGAUCAGAUCGGGAGUGCAAGGGUUCCCGGAUACGUGGGGUAUGACCAAUGACGAUUGGACCGGAUGGCGUUAUGACCGAGGUAUCGAAGAGUUCUGGAAACCAUGGGUGGGUGCGAUGAAGGCAACCAAGCUUGUCUAAGACUGUAUCUAAAGCCUAGUUUGUGCUUCGCGCUGGGCUUAGCCGCUAUGAAUCCAAGACGAGCAUGUGUACUAUACGCGGGCAAACUGCAGUACGCUACAACGGCCACACAUAUACCAUGCGAUAUGACACUGGAACCAGACGGACACUAGGCUCGGUCAUAACGGCCAGGUGACAUGUGGAGGGAAAGUU